UCUCAAGUCCGGUCGAGCGGCGCCCGGCGCAGGUGACUCAGCCCCACGGGGCGGCACGACGCGGCGCAGUCCCAGCCCUCCCGACGUCAGCGAGCCCGGCCCGGCCCUGCGCUCGACGAGCAGGUAGGAGCCGCGCUCGAGUGGCUGCUCGCCCGCUGCGGUCGUUUCCCCGCACCGCCAGGGCAGAGGCGACAUGGGCAAACUGCAGCGCUUCGACAUCGCCUUCAGCGACAACAAAGUGGUGUACAGCCCGGGAGAGCUCAUCUCCGGCACGGUCAGCGUCGUGCUCAACAGCCCGCUGCCGUUUAAAGCGAUCAAAGUGAACUGCGCCGGCUCGUGUGGCGUCUCCAACAAGAUGAACGAGACCAACUGGACGAUGGAGGAGCAGUACUUCAGCAGCACGCUGACCAUGGCCGAGAAAGGUUCCCUGCCCCCCGGCGAGCACUGCUAUCCCUUCCGGUUCCCAUUGCCAGUCUCCUGUCCCACCUCGUUCGAGGGUCCUUUUGGAAGGAUUGAAUAUCGAAUCCGCGCGACGAUCGACACGCCACGCUUUGCCAAAGACUACAAGGUUCAGAAGGCGUUCUACGUGCUGAACCUGCUGAACCUGAACGAGAUCCCCGACAUCGAGCAACCUAACACAGUGAGCACAUCCAAGAAGUUCUCCUACCUCCUCGUGAAGACGGGCACCCUGACCCUGACAGCGGGCAGCGACCUGAGGGGCUACACGCCAGGACAGGUCAUCAAGCUGAGCGCCACCGUGCACAACAAAUCCGGAAAAGACAGCAGCAGCAUCCUGGCCAGCCUGAUCCAGAAGGUCACCUACAAGUCCAAGAGGUCCAUCUAUGACCUGCGCACCAUCGCCGAAGUCGAGGGGGCCGGGGUCAAAGGCGGCAAGAAUGCCGAGUGGCGGGAGCAGAUCAUCGUGCCACCGCUGCCGCAGUCCACCCUCAGGAGUUGCACUCUCAUCCAGAUCGACUACUUCCUGCAGGUGUCGCUCAAAUCUCCAGAAAUUUUGGUGACUCUCCCCAUCUACAUUGGGAAUAUCGCAAUAAACAGCCUGCCGGUGACUCCGUCUCGACCAGUGAGGCCCGCUCCGCUGGCACCUGCCUCAGCCACUGUGACGCCCACCGCCCCGCCCGCCGAGCUCGCCUGUGGCACCGACUGCGUGGAGAUCCCCACCAAGAGCCACUCCCAGCAGCAGUCGAGCAGCCAGCCGGCCGCCUUCUCCCCGAGUGCCUUCAGCUACGCCCCCGGACUCAGCUUCCCGGAGACCAGAGCCGACUGUGAGGAGGGGGGCAGCACCGGACCCCUCUUCUGUGUGUCCACCGGUGCCACCGUCCCCUACUACUCUGAGGGAGCUGUGACGCCCAUGCCGACGGCUGGGCCGCUGAUCCUGCCGCCGGAGUACAGCAGCUGGAACUACCCGAGCGAGCCGCCGCCUUCAUAUGAAGAAAGCUGCAGCCGAGCUCCUCAGGACUGACCGCCUGGGUCUUCAGACGGGGUGAAGCCACUGCCCGCCAGAUAACAUGGACACUUGGGAUUGGGCACGGCAGAGUGGACAAACUGGGGGUGCAGGGUGACCCAGCCUGCCAGGAGUAACGGCCUUUGUAUCUUUUUAUGCUUUUUUUUCUGCUUUUUUAAAUGAAGGAAAAAAACAAAAAACUGAUUUUAGCAUCUGUGAUGCCUUAAUGACGCCGAGCUUUCGGCUUCCUCUUUUUGUACCUCUGCCACACUUGGCUGGCACACAGAAAAAAGUCAAUCAUGGGUAGGGCAAGGCAGUGUGACCUCUGCCUAUGCCACCUCUUUCUGGGCACAUCCCCACCAUGGGCCCCGGUGCUCGGUGGCAGAGUGUUUGUACUUCUCCAGAAGUCAAGACUGGUGCUAACUGUUACUCCCAGUAUUCAGUGUGGGGUGCCAGGGAAGAACACGGGGUCUGGGCGGGGCCUCACCGCAGUGCCCUGUAAAGCACACGCUGUCGGCUGAGUGACUUGGACGAUUAUUUGCACAGAAGGUUCUAGAGCUUUAAUCCGAUUCUGACUCCACUUAUCUUGACUUUUUCUCUUUUUUUUGGUGGUGGUUUUGCCCUCCCAUUAAAUUAUUUUGUAUUUUUCUAGCAGAGGCCUUGGCGUCUCUGCCUGUGAUUUAUUUAUGUAGUUUUGUUCUUUUUUUUUUUUUUUUUUUAUUAAUACCUAAAUUUGUAUUUGUCUCAGUUUAACUUACUUUAAACGAUGUAUUCUUAUUCUUGUAUUAAUAAAGUUAUCUGCCUGA